AAAAAAAUGGGGAGAGGGGAACGGAAGAACGAAACCAGAUGACCACCAUGCCUAGCUGCAGUUCAUCGUCCUCGGUUCAUCAAUUUUCAAAGCCAAAUGAUCUCCUCCAGUUUCAGACGUUGAAUGGCCUUCACCAUCUUGCUGAAACCGGAAGAUUCAAGAUGUCCCUCUAAGGCUUCAUUUAGUGGAAUCAUAUUCUUCACUCUUAGGAAACACAGCCUGUAUAUGUAACAUCAUAUUGGAUAAGAGUAACAUGGCUCAAAUUUUAGAGGCAAUAUUAUUCAUUUUCCAUGUGCUCGAAUGUUGUUGUUCCAAAGUGUGCAGGUAUGUUUAGACAUAAGAGCAUUCAUGUAAGACCGCAUCCAUCUUUUACAUGGAGAACAUGGCACCAUACAAGUAUAUUAAAUGAGAGUGCAAGGAAUCAUUUAAAUCUAAUAGACUUGAUAGAAUAUGCUACAUUUCCAAGCAGCUGAGCUAGGUUUGUGAUAAUUUAGUAGCUGCUAAAAAUAUGUGGAAUUAUUGAGUGGCUUUGUUUUUUCAAUUGCCAAAAUUCUAUAGGAAAGCACUUGUGUUUGUAGGCAUGGUUUUUGGAUCAAUUUGGAGUUCUUCAUGAUGGAAAACAACCUUACCCUGGUGCCAUAUCAACAUUAGAAAAACUGAAAGAAUGUGGUGCGAAAAUGGUGGUUAUCAGUAAUUCUUCAAGGAGGUCAUCUGUUACACUGGAAAAAUUGAAGAACCUUGGGUUUGAUUCAUCUAUCUUUGCGGGAGCAAUUACUAGUGGAGAAUUGACACACCAGAACCUACAAAGGAGGGAUGAUUCAUGGUUUGCUUUCCUCGGUAGGUCCUGCAUUCAUAUGACUUGGAAUGAAAGAGGAGCUAUAUCUCUUGAGGGCCUAGGGUUACAAGUCGUGGAAGAUGUUCAUGAAGCUAGUUUUAUUCUAGCUCAUGGGACUGAGGCCAUAGGGCUUUGCUCUGGAGCUACACUUCCAAUGAAGCUUGAAGGUCUUGAAAAAAUACUAGAGGAGUGUGCUGCUAGAAAAAUUCCUAUGGUGGUGGCAAAUCCUGACUUUGUGACAGUUGAGGCAAGGGUUCUAUGUGAUAUGCCUGGAAAGCUAGCAGCCAAAUAUGAAGAACUUGGUGGGGAAGUUAAGUGGAUGGGCAAGCCUAAUAAGAUUAUAUACAACACGGCUAUGGAGAUGGUUGGUGUAGAAGCCUCUGAGUGUAUUGCUGUGGGAGACUCACUUCACCAUGAUAUUAAAGGUGCAAAUUCAGCAGGAAUCUCUUCUGUAUUUAUUACUGGUGGGAUCCAUGCUACUGAACUUGGACUUGAUGGUUUUGGAGAAGUUGCAGAUAAUACGUCUGUUCGUGAUCUUGCUUUAAAAUAUGAUGGAUUUCCAACGUAUGUUCUUCCUUCUUUUACUUGGUAAGUGAUGUACUGCUGAAGUCUCUCUCUCUCUCUCUCUCUCUCUCUCUCUCUCUCUCUCUCUCUCCUUCUCUCCCUCUCUCUCCCUCUCUCUUCCUCUCUCUCCCUCUCUCUCUCUCUCGUGCAAACAUUGGAACACCAUCAACCUCUCCUUUUCUGUAUUCAAUGUUUUUCAUAUCAUAAUUCAAAGAGAGAAAUUUAUUGAGCUUGGUCUUUUGCCUGUUCAAUGCUUGACAUGACCAAUCCAAAGGCUCGAUGGUUCUAAUUGCUGCCGCGGAUUUUAUGAAAUGGAUGUCAACCAUUAAAUCAGCCUGUGGCUCUGUGUUGGUAUCAACGAAAAUUAAUGGUUGGUUUGUGUGCUGGUAAUGGACCUAUAG